AUGCUGCCCAUCACAGAACACCUGCUGCACCUCCUGGGAGUGGAGAAGACCUCGUUCCGCCUGUAUGCCGUGUCUGGGCUCCUGCUGUCCCUGCUCUUCUUCCUCUGCCGCCUGCUGAUGCAGUUCCUGAGGCUCUGCUGGCGCUUCUACGUCACCUGCCGCCGCCUGAGCUGCUUCCCCCAGCCACCCCGGCGCAGCUGGCUGCUGGGCCACCUCGGCAUGUAUCUUCCAAAUGAGACGGGCCUCCAAGAUGAGAAGAAGGUGCUGGACAACAUGCACCAUGUGAUUUUGGUGUGGAUUGGACCCGUCCUGCCGCUGUUGGUUUUGGUGCACCCUGACUACAUCAAGCCCCUAGUGGGUGCCUCAGCUGCCAUUGCCCCCAAGGAUGACCUUUUCUAUGGUUUCCUGAAACCUUGGCUAGGAGAUGGGCUGCUGCUGAGCAAAGGUGACAAAUGGAGCCGCCACCGCCGCCUGCUGACACCUGCCUUCCACUUCGACAUCCUGAAGCCCUACAUGAAGAUCUUCAACCAGUGCACUGACAUCAUGCAUGGUAAAUGGCGGCGCCUGGCACAGGGCUCAGUGGUCUCCCUUGACAUGUUUGAGCAUGUCAGCCUCAUGACCCUGGACAGUCUUCAGAAAUGUGUCUUCAGCUACAACAGCAACUGCCAGGAGAAGAUGAGUGAUUACAUCUCGGCCAUCAUUGAGCUGAGUGCCCUGGUGGUCCAGCGCCAGUAUCGUCUGCAUCAUCACAUAGACUUCAUCUACUACCUCACGGCAGACGGGCGGCGAUUCCGGCAGGCUUGUGACACCGUGCACCGCUUCACCACGGAGGUCAUCCAGGAGCGGCGGCGGGCACUCCACCAGCAGGGGGCUGAGGCCUGGCUGAAGGGCAAGCAGGGCAAGACCUUGGACUUCAUCGAUGUGCUGCUCCUGGCGCGGGAUGAAGAUGGGAAGGAACUGUCCGAUGAGGACAUCCGAGCUGAGGCGGACACCUUUAUGUUUGAAGGUCAUGACACAACGUCCAGUGGGCUCUCAUGGGUGCUCUUCAACUUGGCCAAGUAUCCAGAGUACCAGGAGAAGUGCCGGGAAGAGAUCCAGGAAGUCAUGAAGGGCCGCGAGCUGGAAGAGCUGGAGUGGGACGACCUGACUCAGCUGCCCUUCACCACCAUGUGCAUCAAGGAGAGCCUACGCCAGUUCCCGCCAGUGACCUUGGUCUCCCGCCGCUGCACGGAGGACAUCAAGCUUCCAGAUGGGCGCAUCAUCCCCAAAGGAAUUAUCUGCCUGGUCAGCAUCUAUGGGACCCACCACAACCCCACCGUGUGGCCUGACUCCAAGGUGUACAACCCCUAUCGCUUUGACCCGGACAACCCACAGCAGCGCUCCCCACUGGCCUACGUGCCUUUCUCCGCAGGACCCAGGAACUGCAUCGGACAGAGCUUUGCCAUGGCCGAGAUGCGCGUGGCCGUGGCGCUGACGCUGCUGCGCUUCCGCCUGAGCGUGGACCGAACGCGCAAGGUGCGGCGGAAGCCCGAGCUCAUCCUGCGCACGGAGAACGGCAUCUGGCUCAACGUGGAGCCGCUGCCUCCGCGGGCCUGA